AUGUCUUCUACACCUUUUAUUGAAAUAGACUGGUCUUCCGCUUCACAACAUUCUUAUCCUCAACUCGGUGACUCUACACCAUCUGAAAGUCACUCAGCUAAUAUACCAUACAAUACUGAGCGGCCAGAAGUACUUUCCGCUAAGGAUAUUCUCUCUCUUGAUAUUGACGAUAUUUAUCCUUAUAUGUACUCAACUCUUCAUCUUGAAGACAAUGAAACGGAAGAACACUACGACGAUGAAGACUAUUUUCAACAGCUACUACAGGCUAAUUUAAAUGCUGAAAUAGAAGAAGUCAGCAUACUAAGAAAUGAUAUACCUCCUGUUGAUAACCUCCCAUACAAGACAUUAAUCCUAUGGCACCUUUGGAUACUGUGCCUUUCUUAG